GGCUUGUCGCUAUUACUACUACAUUAGAAAACAGCCUUGAAGCAGCCCAGCCUGUGACUGCCUGUGCGGGUCCCGCCGACGGGAAGAAGAACCUGCCUGCAAACGUCGCCCAAGGAGCCGGCUCGCUUUGGCUCCUCACUCCGCGGCCUCCCUGAGGAGGAGCGCCCGAGUCCGCCUCCCUCCCAGCCUCCACCGCGGCUCUCCUCCCCUCUUUUCUUUCCCAAUUCCCAUGUUGGAGUAAGGCGGAGCGUUGGGUUGCUUUCGCUGUCGCCGCCGCCGCCGCCUCUCCGUGUCCCUCUCUCAGGCGCCGGGGGAGAGUAGGGGGCUCGGCUCUCCGUCUGAGGGGACAGUCGGCGGCUGUUGUCUUCGGCGGCGGCCGGGGGAGCAGCACCAACCUCGGGAGGAGUCACCCCAAGCGCCACAAAGGAGCGGAGUCUGCGCCGCCUGCGGAGUCGCCAUGAGCUGGGGCACGGAGCUGUGGGAUCAGUUUGAUAAUGUAGACAAGCACACACAGUGGGGCAUCGACUUCUUGGAAAAAUAUGCAAAAUUUGUUAAAGAAAGGAUAGAAAUUGAACAGAAUUAUGCAAAGCAGCUGAGAAAUCUGGUGAAGAAGUAUUGUCCUAAACGUUCAUCCAAAGAUGAAGAACCCAGGUUUACCUCAUGUAUAGCCUUUUAUAAUAUCCUCAAUGAGUUAAACGACUACGCAGGACAGCGCGAAGUAGUAGCAGAGGAACUGGGACAUAGGGUAUAUGGAGAACUGCUGAGAUAUUCCCACGAACUUAAAACUGAAAGAAAAAUGCACCUUCAAGAAGGUCGAAAAGCUCAACAGUAUCUUGACAUGUGUUGGAAGCAGAUGGACAAUAGCAAAAAGAAAUUUGAGAGAGAGUGCAAAGAAGCAGAGAAGGCUCAGCAGUGCUACGAGAGACUGGACAAUGAUACCAAUGCGACUAAAGCAGAUGUUGAGAAAGCUAAGCAGCAAUUAAACCUGCGUACACACAUGGCUGAUGAAAACAAAAAUGAGUAUGCUGCCCAGCUGCAAAAUUUCAAUGGUGAACAGCACAAGCAUUUCUAUAUUGUCAUUCCACAGAUUUACAAGCAUCUUCAAGAAAUGGACGAGCGAAGAACCAUCAAACUCAGUGAAUGUUAUAAGGGGUUUGCAGAUUCUGAACGCAAAGUGAUUCCAAUAAUUUCAAAAUGUUUAGAUGGAAUGAUUUCUGCAGCAAAAUCAGUGGACGAGCGCAGGGACUCUCAAAUCGUAAUAGACUCCUUCAAGUCUGGCUUUGAACCUCCCGGAGACUUUCCCUUUGAAGAUUAUAGUCAGCACAUUUACAGGACUGUUUCUGAUGGAACAAUCAGUAUACCAAAGCAAGAAGGAAUGAAGAUCGAUGCAAAAACCACUGUGGGAAAAGCAAAGGGCAAACUGUGGCUCUUUGGAAAAAAACCAAAGCCGCAGUCCCCACCCCUUACCCCUACUAGUUUAUACACCUCCAGUACUUCUAAUGGUUCCCAGUAUCCCAUACUCUCCAUUGAACAAGUGCAUUAUUGCAUGAGUGAAAUAAAAACAGGGAAGCCCAGACUUUCUUCUUUCAGAAGCCUCAAAAGAGGGUGGUCGAUGAAGACGGGUCCUGCGCAGGAAGAUUUUAGCCACCUGCCUCCUGAACAGAGGCGAAAGAAAUUGCAGCAGCGGAUUGAUGAACUUAACAGAGAACUACAGAAAGAGACAGAUCAAAAAGACGCACUCAUUAAAAUGAAAGAUGUCUAUGAGAAAAAUCCACAAAUGGGAGAUCCAAGCAGCCUUCAGCCAAAAUUGGCAGAGACUAUGAGCAACAUGGACCGUCUCCGGAUGGAAAUACACAAGAAUGAGGCUUGGCUUUCAGAAGUUGAAGGUAAAGUUGCAGCAAGAGGAGACCGAAGACACAGCAGUGACAUCAACCAUCUUGAGACUCAAGGAAGAGAGAGUCCUGAGGGGAGCUAUACCGAUGAUGCAAACCAAGAAGUUCGAAGCCCACCACAGCAACACGGCCACCACAACGAAUUUGAUGAUGAGUUUGAAGAUGAUGAUCCCUUACCAGCUAUUGGACACUGCAAAGCUAUCUAUCCAUUUGAUGGUCACAAUGAAGGGACCCUGGCUAUGAAAGAAGGGGAGAUUCUGUACAUUAUAGAGGAGGACAAAGGGGAUGGCUGGACAAGAGCUCGGAGGCAGAAUGGAGAAGAAGGAUAUGUGCCAACUUCGUACAUAGAUGUGACUCUCGAGAAGAACAGUCAAGGUUCCUGAAGCGGGUUUCUGAGAAAAUGGGCGAGAUGUUGAAGGAGGUUACAUGCAGCUGCUUUUGGGGGGGAGGGUAUUAGGCCCAGCAAGAUGGGGAGAAGCCAGUCGCAUGAAGGCAUGCAGGCAUACAUUUCCAUUAACAAUGUUAGCACUGCUGUGUAUGUUCAGCAUUUCUGUGGCAAACUAAAACUCCAUUCUGGCACAACCAAAACCAUCCAGAUCUGAAAAUGCAUCCUUGUCAUAGUCCUAAGUUCUGAACAGUUCGAGUUGCCAUUCACGAGUUGUGAUUUAUAUUGGCCGUCGAAGGUCUUUCAUGGUCCAUACCCAUUUUAACUGGCAUUCCAUUAGAGUCCUGUCAUUUACCAGUCAGUCUCUGCCUGUGCCCCCUCCAUGCUCGCCCUAACAUUCUCCUGCAUGUCUAGGUACGUCUCAGGCAUGCCUGCCUGGUGUCUUGUAUUUCCAUAGUUGUUCUUCCUCUUCUGCAUUUGUAGCAAGACCACUUUUCAUGUAUCUCUGGCACUAAAGUUUUUUUUAAAUAAUUCCAGUACCUAUUUAUGCUGCUAUACCUUUUUUGCCCCUUCAUUGUGACCGUCAUUACAUCCCAAUUAUUUUGGCAUUUUAACUGAUGUGAAUGUAACAUUCAUUUUUUGAUUUGGGGAAAGGACCGCAUCACAAUGCCAGGUAACUGCAGCCCAGCUUCAGCCCCUCACCUUUUCCUGAGCUCUGAAAAUCUGGGAUAUGACAGCACAGAGUUUCCAUGACAAGACAAAAACGACUGUUUUCCAAAGUCAAGUGCUUGCCAUUCAGACGCUGCCUUAAACUCUCGAGUGCCUAAAUCUGUUUAUUUGCCAACGCUUACCACUUCAGUAUCCCGCAAAGGGCUUUGGGUCUCAGCUCCAUAUGACCUCUUCUCUCUUUCUUCAGUGCUGCAGCUGCUGAGGUAGCCAUGGUGGAUGUUCUCUAGAGCUCUGCCAUCACAUGAUACAUGGUGCAUUGUAAACUUUAUGGAGUUAAAACUAAAUACAUGUAUCAGUUUCAUUUUCUGUCUAAUGAAUGUUUUUUUUAAUAGGAUUUUUUAAAUGAAGCCUUUUUUCUUGAUUGUCUUUUACUUUUUAGGAUGGGGUGGGUGGGAGAGGGAGGGAGGGAGGGGAGACUCCAGUUUCUAAUUAACUGCAGUGCCAGUCUGUUUCCAAGUGAUGCUUCAUUGUAAGGACCAGUCGAAAAUUGGAGUGAUACUUUGUAAUGAUCUAUGUGCACUUUUACUUGUAAACAUUGAUUUGGAAAUGUUUAUACAUGUAAAUAUAGUUGUCUGCAGCACUCCCAUUGCUCAUGUUGUUUUGUCUACCAUCUGUGAAUUUUGUUAAUGAGAUCACCCAACAUCUAACUAAAUAAGGUAAUCUUAGGAUAUGGGAAAUUGGGGAGGGGGAGGGAGAAGCCAGUGAAACUCUCAUAAAACCAGCUUUUCUGGUGGUUGUGAUGCUUUUCUAGAGGGGUGGGGGAGGGUUAAAGCAAUAUUUGGACACAGUGCCGGAUUCCUUUAGGGCUUUUUCAGUGUUAUUAGCAGUUGUACUACCAGUAAACUAAAUCUGUGUGAAUAUUGUGUGGAAGAUUUUCCUUCCUUUUUAUUAUUGUGUGCCAUUAUUACACAAAUGACACAUUGUAUUGAGAUUGGGGUCGGUAAACUCUAAAGGUUAGGUUCUUGGAUAAUGUAAACAGGGUUAUUUAUAUAAAUGUGACCUUACUCUGUACUGACAAAACUACAUGGUAUAGCUUUUUUGUUUGUUUUUUUAAGGACCACCUUGGUGUUUUUUGUUUUGUUUGUUUGCUUGUUUGUUUCAGAGCCGAUAUGAGUAUGUUCUCAAUGUGAUUUCCAGCCAGGCUUCUAUUACACUUCUAGUAAUGGACUAACAAUUCUUUCAUGCUACUGUUUUUUUCUAGGACCAGAUUAUUUUUCCUCAGGAGAUUUUCUUUCUGUGGUAUAAUACAACCUUAUGAGGGUUAGUAAAUAUAAAGGGGGUGGAGGACUCUUUGUACUUGCACAAUUAGCUAAAAUUGUUCUGAGAUUUUGAACAUGAUGAAUUGUCUGAGUCUUAAAACUUUCCAGUAAUUUUUAAUCUUUUGUGCACGUGUUGAUUUUUAAAUGUUUAAAUGCUUUGUUAAAAACAGUGGUUCUUUUGAGAAUAUUUUCAUGGAAUUAAAAAUAAUCUUUUCAUGGUCCCGGUAA